CGAAGGCCGCCCGAUUGUAUAUAAACUCAGUAAAGCGGAGACCUAUCAUCAGUCCAACUCGAGUUGCUCAAGCGAAUAUCAAAUAUAUCGAGAAAUACAAAUAUGGCUCGCGCAGUAAUUCUUCUCUUCCUCAUCGCAGUUGCUACCAUUAAUGCUCUGCCUCACUGCGGUGAAAACGAGGUAUUCAACAGUUGUGGUUCGUCGUGCCCAGGCACUUGCCAACAUCCAGUUCCGCUUGCCUGUACAUUGGCAUGUAUUCCUGGAUGUGAUUGCAUAGAUGGAUAUGUGAGAAACGCAGAAAACAGAUGUAUACAUUCGGUUAAUUGUUAAUCACAUUCACUAAACAUAAUUUCCUAACAUCAACUGUGUCGAUAUAAGAUAAUGUGAAAUGGGCAUUUAUGAUCAAAGCAUUUUUAUUGAUUUCUAUAUUUGUUAUACAAGUGUUUUUAGUGAUAUUCAAAUUGUUUUAAUUUAAACAAUUAUAUAAUAUUAUGUAGUUACUAUAAAAGUUGCUUGUGCUUUUAAUAAAAAAAAUUAUGU